AUGGGUUGUGUUUCAAACUCAGCACGCAAAGGAGCAAUUGUAAAAGUCGGCAAAGUCGAAGAAGUGAAAGUUGUAACAACUACUGAUGACCUUCAGAUUCAGCCGAGACAAUUCGUGAUUCAUAAAGAAGCAGAUAUAUUGAAAGACUACACCAUGGGACCCAAGUUAGGGUCUGGAGCAUUUGGAUCUGUAAGAAUAGGGACUCAUAAAAUAACGAUGCAACAAAGAGCGAUAAAAACAAUCAAAAAGUCAAGCAUUUCUGAAGACCAAUUCGUAAAGGAUAAGUUCUUUGCUGAAGUCGAGGUUCUAAAAACGGCUGAUCAUCCCAAUAUAGUAAGGCUCUAUGAAUUUUACGAAGAUCAGCUUCAUUUUCACUUGGUCACUGAGCUGGUAAAAGGUGGAGAGCUGUUUGACUACAUUGUCUCAAGCAAAAAUCUCUCGGAACCAGUUGCAGCGCAUUUUUUUAAACAAAUUUUGAGCGCAGUCAAUUAUUGCCAUACAAAUGGAAUUGUACAUAGAGAUCUAAAGCCAGAGAAUUUGUUGCUAGACAGGCAAGACUCAUCUGCAACAGUUAAGGUGAUCGACUUUGGCACUUCAACAAUAAUCGACCAGUCAAAAAGACUAACACAUCGCUAUGGAACUUCGUAUUACAUUGCUCCAGAAGUACUCAAGAAAAAUUACGACGAAAAAUGUGACGUAUGAAGCUGUGGAGUUAUUUUAUACAUUUUGCUCAGUGGAAAACCGCCAUUUUAUGGCGAAACUGACGCAGAUAUUUUGGCAAGAGUUGAAAAAGGGGUUUACCAAAUGAAAGGCGCCACGUGAGAUCGAGUCUCUUCAAAUGCAAAAAACCUCAUAAAAUCAAUGCUAAAUAUGGAUCCAAGAUCGAGGCCAACCGCAGCUCAGUGCUUGGAAAGCACCUGGCUCACCUUGAUGCCAGAUGCAACCAAUCAAGACUCAAUUUUCACUCAAGAUGUCCUUGAAAAUUUAACUAAUUUCCGCGCAGAGAAAAAGCUGCAACACGCAGUAAUGUCCUUUAUCGCAACCCAGCUUAUGAAUAAAAAUGAAGUUUCACAGCUAGCACAAGCUUUUAGAGCUCUUGAUACAAAUGGCGAUGGGAAAUUGAGCAAAGAUGAGCUUCUUGCUCAGUAUAAAAAUACUAUGGGAGCCAAUCAAGCAGAAGAAGAAGUCCAGAGGAUAAUGAAAGAAGUUGAUGUGGAUGGAAAUGGCUUUAUUGAUUAUUCAGAAUUUAUUAUGGCUUCGGCAAAAAGAGAAUCCUUACUUUCCAAACAAAAUUUGGAAAAUGCUUUCAGGCUAUUUGAUAAUGAUAACAGUGGGAAAAUCUCAGCAAAAGAAAUUAGGAACAUUCUUGGGAGAGAAGUCAUUUCGAGCGAUGAAGUUUGGAGAGAUCUUGUAGGGCAAGUUGACCAAAAUGGUGACGGAGAAAUAGAUUUAAGAGAAUUUACAGAAAUGAUGUUGAAGCUAUUUUAA